ACAGUUCAUUUGUAGUUCCCUGAUAAGAUGCCAUCCACAGUCCACUGCCAUCGUAAAUCCAUAUGAUAAGGAUUCAGUCUAAAAAAUGAAUUAUGAUCAAAAUAUAGAAAACUUCAAAUUUAGAAAACUGUGAUUAGGUACACUAAAAGUGCAUUUUAGUAGCAUCGCCUGGCAUUACGUCAACAGAAAUUUUAUAAAAAUGUUCGUGUGUUCCUAUUGUGAUAAAACUUUUAAGUAUGAGAGCGAAAAGAAAAGACAUGAAAGGAGUCAUGUACCAGCGUUCGAAUGUCCAGAAUGUUUCAAAAAAUUUAGUUUUAUUUCAGCUCUAAGGCGUCAUCAGAAACAACAUGAAAGAGGAGAGCGCGUGAACUGCUCGGAAUGUGGCAGAAGUUUCCGAGAUGAUGCUCUUCUAAAACGCCAUAUCAAAUAUGCCCACGAAGAAGUGCAUAUAUGCACAAAGUGUCAAACAAAGUUUAACAGUCUCCAGGCACUACAAUCACAUGAGAAAACACACAAAGCAAAGUCUGAGAGGAGAUAUAAGUGUAGUUACAACGGUUGUACGAAAACAUUUAACUUUGCGCAUCACUUGAGGAAUCAUGAACCAACACAUUCUGGUCAAAAACAACACCACUGCAGUUCAUGUGGAAAGGGAUUCAUUCAAAUAAAUCACUUGAAAACACAUCUAAGGAGUCAUCAGCCGGAUUCUUGGUUGAAUUGUAUUGUACCCAGUUGUGGUAAAUUAUUUACAAAUGAAUAUGCUUUAAGAAGACAUCUUGCAAGACACAAAAACCAUGAAACGGACAAUAUGAAACAGGAGAUAAUUGAAGCUGAACGGAUGCAAAUUCAACAAUUAGAUAUAGAUAAAGUAUUUACAAAAGAGGUAGCGGACUGGUUUGAUAAGUAUCAACUGAAUGAAGAGUUAAACGUGAAGGAAAAUAAUGUGAUAGAACCAAAUAAUAAUGUACAAGAUAUACUUUCUCCUAGUAAUAAUAUAGAUGAUAAAACUAAAUUUAAUGAAGAAAGAAGACCUAUAGAACUCGAAAAGAAAAACAAGGAGAGUAAUUGUAAGAGUUGUUCCUGUGAUAAAUUUAUUAAGAACAACCAAAAAAACAAUAUGCCUGAACUUACAUACAAUAGCGAUGGAACAAUCAAAAUUAAAGAGUUUAUAGAUGAAGAUAUUAUAAUAGAAAAUAAAAUAGAUGUUGCAAUAGAAGAAAAAGAAGACAGAAGUGAAUCUAGUAAUAAUUUAAUUCCAUACAAUAGUUGCAAAGCAAUUCUCGGUAAAUGUAUUGUUUCUGGUAGUGGAACUAUCAGUGAGGAAUGCCUUUGUGCCAAAAUGGCUAUAGAUGAUAACCAAAUGAUAUCUCAAGAGAUUGAUGAAAUCACCCCACGUCCAGUUCAAUCUAUGGCAUAAAGAAAAAUAAAAAUGUGUUUACAAAUG